GCCAUCAGGAACUAACUGAUCAUACGAAUGUGACAAUUGGAUGUUAUGAGAGUGUUCAGGGUCCGGCUUAUUUCUUACUUUCAGUUCCCUCUAGUCCCCCGGUCUGGUGAAGUCAGUGCUCAGCAAGUUACGUGUUUCUCUGUGAAGCAAUAAGAAAAAGUUUACAUUGAUUCCAAGCUGUACGAUCCUGGAUUCUAAUGCUGCUUUGUAUGCAUGAUGGACGGCUUUGUCAUAUCACCGAAUAAUUUUCCACCUCCAAAGGCUUCAGAGGAAAUCAAUCGAAAUGACCCACAGGAAUACAGACCCUCUGCAGAGCUACACCCCUUCCUCACAAAUGUGGGAGAGAUCUAUGAAGACCACAGAUGGACCUUCCAGUCUGAGCGUGUACAGCCGACGGACUUUGACAAUUCUCCUGUGAAUCACCUCACAGAACUUCAAUCUGUGUCUUCUCAACAACUGAUACAACCGUACCGCUACAACAGCGAGCCUCUGGCCUUCCACCUGGACCCGACACUUGGAGCUCUCUCUGUGUCACCUCAAAUCCCAUUUUACACGUCGACCCUUUGCUACCAAUACCAGCCCCCUGCCUCGCCUGGCCAGUACUAUUCUGAAGAGGAGCCGAGAGCAGUCAGUCCUCCACUCGAGGUAUCAGAAGGAGAGGAUGAAUUCGGAGACCACAACCACCCGUCCUUCAGGAGAGACACAAGCAGGAAGAAAAUCCGCUUAUACCAGUUCCUCCUGGACUUGCUAAAAAAUGGUGACAUGCGAGACAGCAUCUGGUGGGUGGACCAGGAAAAGGGCAUCUUCCAGUUCUCCACAAAGCACAAGGAAACUCUGGCGAGCCACUGGGGUAUUCAGAAAGGCAACCGUAAAAAAAUGACCUACCAAAAAAUGGCUCGAGCUCUGAGGAACUACGGUAAAACUGGAGAGAUUAAAAAAGUCAAAAAGAAGUUAACUUAUCAGUUCAGUGAUGAAGUCCUGAGGAACCUGUACUUGCGUCAAUAUCCUCACUGAUGAGGGACUAACUGUCACUGAAAUCUCUAAUCUAACCAGGGAUUUGUUUCGCCUGCUUGCAGCAUCCCUUAGUUGUCCAAGCAUGUUUUCUAUUCUAUUUAUUUCUGUUGCUAUGUACAACUUUAUGGCCUUUUCAGAAAAUGUGUGCUCAAACAGGCUGGAUCGAGAUUUUUCCCUUUGUGACAUCACAAAGAGACCUCUCACCCAGAUGGGUGACACUACUAUGUGUUUGUUCUGCCAUCUGAGUCCCCCUUCUCACUGUAAAAAAUAAUCUAGCAUGAAGUGAGAAGCCCAAGCCUACCCAGCAAUAAGAGGGGCUGGAUCUUAGCAAGAAACUCUAUUCACAGGCGUAUUUUGGGGAGCUCUGAGACUAUUUUAAACUCCGUAAGAAGGAGUAUAAUAUGUGGCGUCUAAUGCCAUUGUUUCAAAAGGUUUUCAUUAAGUCAUUGUUGUGACUGACUAAGUGCCCAUUAAUUAAAUCUAUACACUUAAACCUCACACUCAAACUCUGUACAGUUAAAAAUUAGUGUCCAAAACAAUAUCCAUUAAAGUGAAAUUACAUAUUGAGAAUAUUGUAAGAAUCACGUUAGUUAUACGCCUUUAUUUGUAUUGUUAGCUAAACCAUUCAUAGUUCACUAAAACACCAUAACUGUCAUACACGUUAGUAUCAUUGAUAAGCUAGCUGUAAUUAAAAUUUAAUUUAGUAAGAUACAAACUCAUCUAUUCAGCCAGUAUUUUACUAGCAUAACACUUGUAAGCAAGCUGAAAUGGCCAACUAGCUUUAACUCUGCUCUGCUGCAUGGAUAUGGCAUGAACAGCUUUAUAAAGUCUGCUCAUAUUUCAACUUAUUUCACAGCUACCUGCCCCAGGAGUCAGGAUGAAAUAGCUGAACAAUUCAUUGAAGUAUGUAUGUAGUGCGUCAGUAGCUAGCUAUUUUGCAGCAAGCUAACAUUAGCUUUUCAAUUCAAACAACUCCCCUAAGAAAUCAAAUCCCUGCUGAUGCUAACCCUAACAUAACAGAUGGGUUUACUAAACAAAACUUUUUUUUACUUUGUGUUUGGCGUUAUUAUUCAAUUAUUGUUGUUCUUUUUUUCACAUAAAGUACACCAAAUUACAAUUGUACCCUAUCUUCAAUAAAAUACAAUACAGGAUUAUUACUAGACUUUAACCAUAUAGAUUGGCAUAAAAACCACAGAUAGUCAUUAACAGUGAUUCAAGCAACAUGAGGGGAAGGGAUGCCACACUGAAUGUCCACACUGCUGCAAAACAGCUAUAAACCACUAAUAAUUGUAAACAAUAACAAGCAGCAACAGACAUGUCCUGCUCCAUCCCCUCAGCUACCUCCACAACCCCACUGAUACAAGAAAACCACUUUCCACUCUGCUGCGUUCUUUUUGACCAUGAUGACUUCAGAACAGCCACUUUGCAUUAUGUCCAUUCAUUGUUGUAAUCUCAUACUUCAGACAGUGACAACUGUUGUAAAGAAAUACAAAGGUACAUAAAUAAAUAAAUCAAAAUGUAAAUACAUAGAUAAAAUGUGUAUGUAG